CAUGUCCAGGCCGAUCUCCCACCCCGUGUUCUCCGGGAGCUGCAGGCCUGUAACUCCGCUCUGGGCGCGUUUCUCCUCAGCCCCCUGAUGUUGAACGACAGCAGUUCAGCACAUUCCAUGCCGAAGUACAGUCGUCAGUACUCCUUGGAGCAUGUCCACGGCACGUCCCCCUACGCGGUGAGCGUCCCGUGUGCGCAGUGCCCCCCGGCGCAGGGCUCACAACCAGGGGACCGUGUCCGGGACCCGCGCUUUGUGUGUCUGCGAGAUGGGGCCCGUUGCCCCCUGGGUAAUGGCCAUUCUCCUUCUGGUUCUGCAAGGAGCAGCCCCGUGGUCCGCAUCAAAGAAGAGCCCCCCAGCCCCACGCCCAGCCCCCAGAUAGAGGAGGCCAGGGGCUCGAACCCGCCUGCUGCCGAGACCCCUCUGUCGCCCUCCACCUUCAUUGACUCCAUCCUCCAGGAGAGCCAGCCCAGCGCCCCCGCUGCCGGCGACGGCACCGCGCAGCCUCCGCCCCCGGGAAAGUGCCUCAGCGUCGCCUGCCUCGACAAUGUGACUCGCGCUCCGCAGAUGUCAGAAGUCACCCGUCUUUUCCCCAGCUCCUCUUCCUCUCUGCACUGCAGAUCACAGCAAGGGAACGAGCUAAACGACCACCUGGAACCCAUCGCCUCCAGCCCCCCACCUGGCCCCAUCGACUCCAGCCUGGACAACCUGCAGGCCAUGCUGAGCACGCACGGCUUUAGUGUGGACACCAGCGCGCUGCUGGACCUCUUCAGCCCUUCCAUGACGGUUACGGACAUGAACCUCCCCGACCUGGACAGCAGCCUGGCGAGUAUCCAGGAUCUGCUCUCAUCCCAGGAGCAGCAGAAACCUGCGGAGAUGGGUAAGACCGUCCCUGGCCCGGGCCUCCCGUUAGCGCCCCAGGAGCAGGGGGCAGACAGCUCCUCCCUCUGAGACACACUGAUAGGGGAUUCCCAGCGGGGCCCUGCAGCUCC